CACAACUUUUUUGAAAAAUUAUCAUUCGAUCAUGGCAUUUCGCAAAGGUAAUAGGGUUCAAGCAGUAGAUCCACACUCUAGCACGUGGCUUUCGGCCCGUGUUAAAUUAGACACCAACGAUGACUCGCAAAUCCCUGUAGGACGGGUGGGAUACAACACUUCAUCGUGGGUUAAUCUACAUGACGUACGGACACCAAAACUUAAGAGGCCAUCUCUUUUUAACAAAUCCGACUUUACUUCCCUUGGUGAACCAAGGUUUCUCCAGAAAGGAGACGCAGUGGAUAACCUCCUACCAAAUGGGAAGAGAAAGCCUUCAGGUGUUGUAGUCAGAAAUGAUCCACUUUUGGGAGAGGCAGCAACAGGUAUCAUGCUGGUUGAUGGUGAUCUAGAUGAUGAUCAUGAUGACGACGAACUCGAUCUACUUGCGUAUCCCAUCGUGCCCGACGACAACGAUCGACAUGACAGGAUGGAGGCCUUGCACAUCGAAACCAAUAAAGUGCUGUCUACUUGCUUAUGGCCCAGAAAUGAUGCGGAAACGGAAUGGCGGCAAAAAAUGGACCAUCGAAUGCGGAAGUUGGAGAAGGCGAACGCAAAGAUUAUGAAGAAGAACGCCGAGCUAGUUACUUUAUUAGACAGCAAUAGUCGCGAAAUAGCUCGAUUGCAUCAGCGCUUAAAUACCAUAGAAUGUGCUCCUGUACAGCCUAUUGUGGCCAUGGAAACUGGUGUAGCUGACAUCGCUCCCCCUGAGGAGAGUGGAUUUGAAAGUAGUAUACCAGAACACAUUAGGAUAAAGAUUGUAAGAUUUAGUGAAAAUAGAUUAAAAGUAGCACGCCUUUUGGUCCAACAUUUGUUCACAGUAGAAGAACGUUUAAGUAGUAACAUUUCCGGUAAAAUGGGCGCACAUCGAUUAGACCCAGUCAGGAUGGAGAUUGUUAAGCGUGAGACCUUCAAUAUUUCCCCGUCACCUGCGGGAAAAAGGGAGAGACAUUGGCGCGCCUGCCAAAAGUCUAUUGAUGCUGCCAGGCGGCACAUGAAGGCACGCAUGAAGAGUUCAUAAUUAUUACUUUAAGCUUUCUAUAUGGUUUAAGCAACAUAAAGUGUAUAUAUUUGUGUAUAAUGUGUAUUUUUAUAUUUUCCAUGUAUGUUUUGACAAGCAUUUUAUUAAAUGUUAGUUAUGUUUAUGAAUAAUUUAUUUUAAGGAAGUUUGUAUUCAAAUUGAUUUGUUUGAACAAUUUUGAAUAAAUAUCAAAUAAAAAUGUAGUACAGUAGGUGUAAUGGA